UAAUUUUUGCUGGUUUUUUUUUUUUACCCCUGACAUCUUGAGAUGAAUAUUUAGCUCUUUAAUUCGUAACCUUCCUACUUUUGUAAAGCAUGUAAAGCUAUCAAUUCCGCACCCGCCCGCAGGCAUCAUUUUAGCUGCAGCCUACGCUUUUGAUAUGUUGUAAUUCUAUCGUCAUGCAUUUAAAAUAUUUUAAAAUUUGCGUCGUGGGUUCGUCUCUGGCCCACGAGACUGUCAGAAGUGUAUUGCUUAAUGACCGAGUGCGCGGGAUUCCUUCCAGGUACCGGGUUACCGCCGGCCCGGGGACCUCGUUUCCCGCCCAGGCAUCCUGUACGCGCUGGGAGACGCGCCGGACCUGGUGCGCGGUCGGGCCGGGGGCCCAAGCCUGGAGACGUCCCGCGUCCCGGUGAAGAAGGGAUCCCACACUCGUGGGCUCGGUGCUCCGGGGCGCCCGGGGCGUCACUUUGCUAAGCGGCCCCGGGGAGCCCGUUUGAAUACAACUGCAGUCAGAAAAAGGGCGGAACUACAGAGAGGGCUGGCGGAGCUCGCGCGGUGACGUGCACACGCGGGCGAACUCGAGACCUGUCUCUCACUGCGCGCCCAGACGGCCUUAAAUUAUUUAAAAGCCAUUGCAUCGGUCGCUGGGAGUAGGAACGCUAACGGGCACGGCAGCGGCAACAGCGAAAGGACACGAGCGGCGGCACAGAUGCCCCCUGGGGCAAACACUGGGACCCACAGCGCGGUGGGCGGGCCCGGCCCCCCGCGCCCCGCUCCCAACCGCUUCCUCGGGCGGCAGGCCCCGCCCACGAGGUCGCGCUCCGGCCCCGCCCCUCGGGGCGAUCGAUCGCUCCGGCUCGUCGCGCAGGCUUGCGCGUCCUGGGCGCUCGGCUACGGAUGCCUGCGGCGCUGCCAUGGAGACGCGGCGGGGCGGCCAACAGGCUCUGCCUGGGUCUGAAGCGCCGCGCCCCGCCCCGCGGCCCGGGCGUCGCCGAGAACCGCGCCGCGAGGGCGACUGCGGCGCGGGCGGGAGGGCGUAAGGGGCCUCCAGAUGCCUGGAGCACAAAGGCGGCGCUGGUGGCCGGUAUCGCCCUGGGGAAGAGCUGUCCACUAGCCCCACAAUAUAAGGCUGGGAGCCAGCGCCGCCUCUGCACCCCGGACAAGUCCUAGGUCGCCCUGCUGCACAGUGAGCUGCUCCAAGCUCUGCUCAGGGGAGACCGGCCUGGGCGCAGCGGUCAUCUGUCUAGCUGUAUGGACCAUGACCUUCCAGCCAGGGUGGUGCAUCCAUCUUUUCAAGCUGAGUGGUCCACACCGUGUUGUCAGAAUCACAGCAGACACCUGCCAGUGCCUCCCCUCGAGGUAGGUGCUUCGUCCCAGCCACCUCCACAGCUAAUGAAGUGCCCACAGCUGUCACCAUUGAAGGCUGUAGCCAGGGAGCCACCCGGACCUGCUGGCCGUGUCAGGGGUAGUCCUUAGAUGUCUUCAGAAUGCUCAGAGGCUCCUCUCACGUCUCCCUCCACCACCACCCACCUAAGGGUGCUGCCCACCCACAGCCUGGACCACUAACUUAACUAAACAACCCCUGGACCCAGCGGCUGCAAAGCGUGUUCAUCAGAGCGUCUGGUGCAAAGCGGUUGAGAGGGUUGGCCCAGGGCGGCCGCAGGCUCCGCAGCCCAGCAGGGGUCCCGGGCCCGGGAUGAGCGGCCGCGCCCCGCUGGCAGAGAAAGCCCUGUCGGAAGGCUACGCCCGGCGGCGCUACAGGGACACCUCCCUGCUCAUCUGGCAGCAGCAGCAGCAGCAGCUGGAGUCCGCGCCGCCCAGGACCUACCUGGGCAGGAGCCGCAGCAUGUGGUACUCCCGGUACGGAAACGAGGCCAUCCUGGUCCGGGACCGGGACAAGCUGGAGGUCUCCAGGGACACGGGCCAGUCCAAGUUCUGCACAGUCAUGUGACCACAGAGGGAACACCGAGCCCAGGGCCCACACGGUGAGCCCGGCCCCGCUCCCGUUAGC